UCUUCCCCAUCCAUCCCAUUCCUCCUCAACUCCUGCCACCAUGACUCGUUUCUUCUGCUGCGGAAGCUACUUCCCUGGCUAUCCUUGCUAUGGAACCAACUUCCAUAGGACCUUCAGAGCCACCCCCUUGAACUGCGUUAUUCCCCUGGGCUCUCCCCUGAACUACGGUUAUGGAUGCAAUGGCUACGGCUCCCUGGGCUACAGCUUUGGUGGUAGCAACAUGUACAACAGGGGCUGUUGCUAUGGUGGCAGCUUCUGCAGGCCAUGGGGCUCGAACUCUGGCUUCGGCUAUAGUACUUACUGAAGGACCCGUGGCUCCAGGCAGUGCAGAACUCCUCAUCGAUUCUCUGUGUGCGAACCAACCUAAAGAGCAACAACUGUCUUCCUGUCUCCAGAUGCAUGAGGGAGAUACAUCUUCCAUCUUCUUCCUGACUUCUUACUGAGUUCCUGGUCUUUGACGAUGCCGAACAAGCCAUCCAGGCAUCCAAUACUGAACUGAUACUCACCUACAGCCAAGGAGAGCAAGAUGUAUUUCUCCGACAUACCUAAAUUUUAGCCGUGAAGCAAGUCGAUUGCCUCUUCUAGCUGCUCUGCUCCUGUGUUACUAAAUUCUGCAUCGACAUCCAUGUAUUACAAUUGGGUGUGGGUAGAAAGGGGUUUUGCUAUCAGUCUCUUAAUAAAUCUAUU